GGUGGGGGGGAAGUCCGACUAGAGCGACGUCCUAGCACGGAGAAGUCACGUCAAAGCUCGGAGGAGACAUGUCGAACGGCGACGAAGAUGCGGCCGAGGCGGAGUAAGCACUCGCUGGAGAGUUCGCCAAACAGGUUCCUGGAAGAGUGAAAGCGCUUCUCAGCUCGCCCUGACCCCUUUUGUUAGCUUGUCGAGUCUGAGACGAACUUUAAGAAGCAGCGACGAGCACUACCGGACUUUAGGCGCUUAGCUCACCGGACAGCGAGCCCCCUCGGUCGGGCUCGGAGGGAGAGGCCAAGUUCUCCCCCACAUAGCGGGGUGAGGAAGUGGCCGAGAAAAGCGCACUCCAGUCGGCGGAGUUUGGUCAACUUUUACGGACAAAAUGAAGACCCCCGGAGACAAUGGUUUCGCCUUCCCGGACUGGGCCUACAAGCCUGAGUCGAGCCCGGGCUCGCGGCAGAUCCAGCUGUGGCACUUCAUCCUGGAGCUGCUGAGGAAGGAGGAGUACCACGACGUCAUCGCCUGGCAGGGCGACUACGGCGAGUUUGUCAUCAAGGACCCCGACGAGGUGGCCCGCCUCUGGGGGGCCAGGAAGUGCAAACCCCAAAUGAACUACGACAAACUCAGUAGGGCACUCAGAUACUACUACAACAAGCGAAUCCUGCACAAGACCAAAGGCAAGCGAUUCACCUACAAAUUCAACUUCAACAAGCUGGUGUUGGUCAACUAUCCCUUCAUCGACAUGGGCUCCACCGGAAAUGGCGUCCCUCAGAGCGCCCCGCCCGUGCCCUCUGGUGCGGGGACCCACUUCCGGUUCCCUCCCUCCACGCCCUCAGAGGUUCUUUCCCCGAACGAAGACCUGCGCAGCCCCGGAGGCUUGUACAGCUCGGUGGCCCGCCGGGUGGCCCGUGGCUCCGUCAGCGACUGCAGCGACGGAACCUCCGUCAAUUCGGAGAUAGAGGACGGCGGUCCGGGCGGCGGGGAGGACAGGCUGGAGCGGAGUUGCGGCUACAGGAGCCUCAUCCACCCCCGCAUCUCACACGAGUCUCUGUUCCGCAUCUACGGAGGAGCUGGCAAUCCCGGCGCUCACCCGGCCUCCCGUGGCCCCGCCGGGCACCGUAUCCACCCGGAGUCUUUGUCCCCCUUCCCCGUAUCGCCCCUGCCCGGGCCGGGAGCGGCGGGCCUCCUGGCCCCGCCCUUGUCCCCGGCUCUCAACAUGACUCCCGUAUCGCACCUCCCUUACACUCCCUCGCCCACUCUCUCACCCAUGCUGGGCUCCCACUUCUCCUUCAACCCCGAGGACAUGAAACGCUACCUUCAGGCUCACACCCAGUCGGUGUACAACUACGGGCUGAGUCCCCGGGCUUUCCUGCAGUACCCCAACAUCGUCAUCCCACAGCCUCACCGGCCGUCCGCCGACAAGGUGGACCCGGGCGGCGACCGAGGAGCAGCCGAGCGAGAACGGGGAGGUGAGCGGCACCACCACCACGCCUCACUGUCUCACUCGGCCCAGCACCACCCGCACCCACCUCACUCGGCCCACCCACACCCCCAUUCUCACCCCUUGCACCACACGCUCCACCUGGGCGAGGACGUGUCCCCUUUCAAGUUCAAGCUGCAGCCGCCGCCGCUGGGCCGCAAGCAGAGAGACGGCCAGGGACAAGGCAAAGGCCGGCAGAGCUCGCUGUCGUCCGGCUCAGGCUCCAUGUCAUCCACGUCCGGCCUGGGCUCCUCGCUGUCCUUUGGCAGUGACCUGAGCUCAGCUAGCGGCUCGGGCCUCAUCUCUGCCUCAUCCUCAACGCAGUCCCUCAACAGUGCAGGCCUUCCUAAAAUCAAGGUGGAGCCAAUUUCAGACGUCGAAUCAGAAGAGGAGGUGGAGGUUACUGACAUUAGUGAUGAAGACCUCGAUGACCGAAGCGAAUACUUUGAGCUGUUUGCACAGCGCCUCUCCGGAGCCACAAACCACCGCCGCCACCUCCAACAGCAGCAGCUCAUCUCAAAUGGCUCGGCCACCCACCCGCCCCUUCCCGACGAAGAUCUUGACGAAGAUGUGUUCAAAGCCCCCGCUCCUCCCCCGCCCGGCCUCAUGCCCUUUUUGGCCUCGCAACGCGGGCCGCCCGCCCUCAAGAUGGAGCCCGGCGAGCCGGUGGACGCCAGUCCUCCCCCGCACGCGCCGCCUCAGACCAAGUGCAUCCCCCUCAAGCUGCGCUUCAAGAGGCGCUGGAGCGAAGACCAGCGCCUGGAGGCCUCACAGGAGGAGUCGGACGACAAGAAAGUCCGGCCUCAGGAGCAAAGGGACCGUCGAGGCAACGGCCAGAUGGACACGGAGGAGGAAGGGCCCGGGCACGGGGACAGCCCCCCUCUGUCGACGUACCAGAGGUCCAUAGCGCCGCCCUUGCCAGUGCGUGGGCGGGCCAGUGCCGAGCUGCAUCGUGCCACGGCGCAGCUGUCCCUGGAAAACAAAGACUGCUGAUGGGAUUGGAUGCCGGAGGUGUGCAAAUGGUUCCUCUGUACGCCCCAAAGCCUCUGUGCCCGGCCACCCCAAACACUGCCUUACUCUGACAGAGGCCCCACCGACAAGUUCGCUAUUAGGAUUCUUCUGGGACAUAUUAUUUGGGAGUAGGUACUUCCAAAAGCGCAGGAACACUGACUGUCAGGCCACGUUUCCACCCAGCGGUUUUGUUCCGUGGUAUGCCUAAUAAAAGCCGAUAGGUGGGACGGCCAAACCGACACGCAUAUCAUACCGGAAAAGCCUUUUUGUCCCUUUGUGUUAGGGAUGAAUACCGCUCACGUUCAAACCGAUUCCGUUCCAAUUCCCGUUAUGCCAACGGUUGGCCGCCGUAAGGCUUUUCAGAUUGCGCGGUGUCCUUGUGGUUAGCGCGUCACUUUUCGAUGGCCCUGUGAUUGACGUGAUGGGGGAGAACGCAGCAGAAAAUCGACAAAUAGGUGGUAAUGCAGAGAAAAAGCGGACAUACGGAAAAGAAACGUCGGGUGGAAACGGGCCGUGCGUGGACUGCAGUCAGACACACUCGUGGAAGGUUACCAAGGCCAGUCACACUCCAAAGCGCAGCUCCCAACUCUUGUCACAUGUUCCUCAGGGCUUUUUCCUCUCCCAACCUGCUCACUGUAAAUAGGCGCCGAUGACAAGUGCCUGCAUUUACUGCCUCUCUUGGCAGGAUAAUGAAGAAAAGACGGGCAAAGGGUUUUUUUCAGGAGCGCAUGGUGUCGUGGUUCUUCAAAACGGCCCGCUCGCGUCAGGGAAGCCGGUCGGCAAAAACAGAACGGGCGUCCGUCCUCUCAGAAAUCCCUUGUGUCCUGCCUGACCUUCCUUCUUCUGCUUACAGUCCACUCUCGGAGAAUAGCUUAACACCUACCCCAGCCGGCCUACACGUUGACGACCAACGACGACUUUGCUCGACACACUUCACCAGCCUGAGCUCCUCUAAAAAUCAAAAAACAUACACAAAUGCACGAGUGCUCACCUCAGCACGCGCACACACACACGAACACUGACAUGCUCUCGCAGGCUAGAGCAGUGGUUCUUAACCUGGGUUCGAUCGAACCCUCGGGGUUCGGUGAGUCGGUCUCAGGGGUUCGGCAGAGCCUCCAUUGCGGAGGUCCAAACACACCUGGCGUAUCGUGUAAAUUCGUGAUGACGCAUUUCUGAACUGGUCUCGCAAAACAGCAGAAGUCACACUGAUUUGCAGGUAUGUAAUUUGUUGCGAGUUCAUGCAUUGUGUUAGUUUUGUUCUUUGAACAAGGUAAUAUCCAUGCUUGGCUCAUUUUGUGCUCCAGUCUUCAAUUUAAAAAAAGAAAAUCUUAUUUUUCACUAAAGAGGGGUUCAGUGAAGCGCAUAUGAAACUGGUGCAGUUCAGUACCUCCAAAAAGGUUAAGAACCACUGGACUAGAGAGAGAAUUAGAUGAGGGCAAUUCAUGAAACUGUUUAUCUUGUUUUCUUCAAUUUUCAGUCAUUUUUUCAACACUUCAAGGUGAGAGCAAGAUCAUUUGGUGUUGGAUUAUUAGUGAAACGCUUGAUCUUGUUGCUACUUGCAGUCAGUCCCUUUCAACUUUGUGUUCUUCAGUAUCACCUCUACUGUCCUGUCCCAUGACUGCGCUGGUGUGUGGGACUAAACCAAGUUUACGUUGAAUUACUUAAUCAUGUUUCGACUUUUACUUUAUUUUUCGGCCACACCUGUCAUUGGGUUCUGCGUCACCUUUGCAGCUCAGUGUGUGGUACCGCUCAGGGCGAAAAGACAGCAAGUGAAGUGUUGAGGAGGUUAAUUAUUAGCAUCUGACGCAUGUCCUCAAAUGCCCUCUCUCCUCAAUCGAGGUGCACGCGCGCGCGAUCAGACGGAUCCAUAAGACCUCCAGGCAGCGCUGUGAUUGAAUUCCUCUGGCGUACUCUGUGUCUGCACGAGAGCAUGUCACACGCACACAUACAGUACAUGCACACACAAGUUGCAAGUAACCGCUGCCGCCUUACUCUUGACUUUUCCUAACCCAAAGCAUCUUUUCCUCGCUUUUAAACAAAACAAUGAAUAACGCAGCACAAAGAUUCUCAAUCAAGAGGAUUAAAGUUUAUUUUUCUGAUGUUAAUAUUGUUCCUACAGUCCCCUCCACUUGUAAUUAUUAUUAUUAUUCCAUAGCUUUUUUGCCCUGUACAUCAGAAGCCUCUUUUACUGUUUUGAGAUUUAACUGGUGUAUUAUAACUCAAAUGAGUCCAAUCUUACCUAUUUUAUCUCUUUUUUUCACCCCAUCCCCUAAAGUCAUUUGUAUUUUAUAGUUUUUACCUCGGGGGAGGUUGCGUUGAGGACAAAAAAAAACCCGUUUGGACUACUGUUUGUGUAAAUGUUACCAACUUGUUACGUAACAGUUCUGACACGGAGAUAAGAUGAGCUGAGUUGAUCCCGUGACGUAAUGUCAUCGUCCUCACUACCCCCCCUUCCCUGUGGGUUGUUUUUUUUCCCUGCCUCCCCAAAAAAUUGUAAUUAAGAUGUAAUCAGGGUUAAUUAAAACCAGUUAAAAGACAAAACAAAA